AUGACGGAAAAUGCGUUACUUGAUCGCAGGGAUAUGCAGUCAUUUGGGAAAAGAAUGCUUUUUACAGGUCCUGAUGGAAUCGGUGACUACAGACCGAGAUCGGUCCACUCCACUCGGUACAUCGGCGAGGGCCCUAUGCCUCAGGGCGAGACAGGAGAUCUGAACUACUUGUGCCGCCCAGCCACUGGCGCCCCUCCUCCUAAACCCAAACAGUGUUACGUUGGGGCAGUGGGAUGGGGGCUGCAGUAUAGCUGGGCUCUGAACAAAAGGACCAUGGAGAGCAACAUGCAGAUUAAGCUGGGAGAAUUCCGCUCAGCUUUAGAAGAAAGAACGAUAUUCACCUAUCACAAUCCAUGGCAACCGCCUCCCAGUAUUAUAGACAAACUGUCUGCUGGCGCCCGAGGUCGGCUUGCAUGGGACCACGACAUCAAUGGUGAAUACUUCCUUGAGCAAUACAAACAAUCCCUUCUCAACAAGAAUAAAGGCGAGGACACUUCAGAGUCGAGUGGCAGUAAUAUUCUGGAAAUAAAUCAGUACCGCAGUUUCUGA